CUCAAUAUCAAUUACAAGCAACAUCGAUUUUUGAAUUCUGCUCAAAAUGGCUACCAAAAUGCAAUUUUCGGGUCUCAGUCGUCUCCUUUCGACGCACAAACAAGAAACCGAUAGACACGGAAUGCAGCAGCUUCAUAUGAACAUGAGGGAUGAACGUGUAUGUUACAGAAACUGCAACCUCACAAAAGCCAUGUCAUCGAUGAUCGGUGAUUCGGUUCGUGCACCAGAUCCUACGCCAUCGGAUACGAUAAAACAGUUCUAUGAAUGCAUGAACGAGAAGAACAUAAAGCUACUAGAAGAUUAUAUCUCGAACGAUUGUUUCUUUGAAGACUACUCGUUUCCCAAACCAUUCAACGGAAAAAAGGAGGUUCUACGUUUUCUUGAUCAACUAAUCACAGGGAUGGGCGAAAACAUCGAGUUUCAUGUUGGUCAUAUCUAUGAAGGCGAUGAUCUUAUAGCCGGGGUCAAUUGGCACCUGGAGUGGAAGAAGAAGCAAGUGCCCUUCACGAGAGGCUGCAGUUUCUACAGACUAAAAAGAGAAGGAGAAAGAUUGACAAUCAGGAAAGCACAAGUUUUCGUUGAGUCGCCAAUCAAACCAGGAGAUUUGUUCCUUAUUCUACUGAAGAUUGUGACGUCGUUAUUUGAUGCUUUCCCAGAGGCUACUGAAUGGUUCUUUCAGAAACAACGCGUGAUAGUGCAAGUAUUAUUGAACAUUUACAGUAUGCUUGUAGUUCCGUUCCUAAGCCCAAUAUUUUCUUUCUACAUGAACCUUGGAAACCUGAUUCUGCGCUUCAUGAGCAUAGCGCUAAAGAUAUUAGAAUCCUGCUCAAGAUUAUUUAAGAGCGAAAACUAGAAACUUCUUUAUGUGUUGCAAUAUUAUUUCAAGU